UGUCAGCGCGCUCUCGCUUGUGAUUGGAGCAAACCCGCUAUCCUAUACUCCAAUAACCUGUCGUUUCAAGGCACAUCGGGCUGUUUUUCGAGCGCAAGAUCGAAGCAAAUAUCCCGGACGUUUGCCGCAGCUCAGUUGCUCGCAGAAACGAGGACGAUUUUGAAUUCUUAAAGCGUGUCUGAGUCCGAGACGGGAAGACAUGGCCACGACUACAUGCACGCGCUUCACGGACGAAUAUCAGCUGUACGAAGAGCUGGGCAAGGGAGCAUUUUCUGUGGUGCGACGGUGUGUGAAGUUGAGCACGGGCCAAGAGUACGCCGCCAAAAUCAUCAACACAAAAAAACUGUCCGCGAGAGAUCAUCAAAAACUUGAACGAGAAGCUCGAAUCUGUCGUCUGCUGAAACACCCCAAUAUUGUUCGUCUUCAUGACAGUAUAUCAGAGGAGGGCUUCCACUACCUGCUGUUUGAUUUGGUGACUGGAGGUGAACUGUUUGAAGACAUUGUGGCCAGAGAGUACUACAGUGAAGCAGAUGCCAGUCACUGCAUCCAGCAGAUCCUGGAAGCGGUGCUUCACUGCCAUCAAAUGGGUGUGGUGCACCGAGACCUGAAGCCAGAGAAUCUGCUGUUGGCCAGCAAGUGCAAGAACGCUGCUGUGAAACUGGCUGACUUUGGACUGGCCAUUGAGGUGCAGGGAGACCAGCAGGCAUGGUUUGGAUUUGCUGGGACACCAGGUUAUCUGUCCCCUGAGGUGCUGAGGAAGGAGGCAUAUGGCAAACCGGUGGACAUCUGGGCCUGUGGUGUUAUUCUGUACAUUCUUCUGGUUGGAUAUCCACCGUUCUGGGACGAGGAUCAGCAUAAACUCUACCAGCAGAUCAAAGCUGGGGCUUACGAUUUUCCAUCUCCAGAAUGGGACACAGUUACUCCUGAAGCCAAAAACCUCAUCAAUCAAAUGCUGACCAUCAACCCUGCCAAGAGAAUCACUGCACAGGAAGCUCUCAAGCACCCAUGGGUCUGCCAACGCUCAACUGUGGCUUCCAUGAUGCACAGACAAGAGACUGUGGAAUGCCUGAAGAAGUUCAAUGCCCGGAGGAAACUCAAGGGGGCUAUUCUUACCACUAUGCUUGUGUCACGGAAUUUCUCUGUGGGUAGCAGGCAGACCACGGCUCCUGCCUCGGUCACUGCGGCUGCAGCUGCAGUAGCCGCAGCUGCAGGCACCACAGCAGGGCUAGUGGAACAAGCAGCCAAGAGCUUGUUGAACAAAAAGGCAGACGUUAAGAAACGGAAGUCGAGCUCUACCAUUCAGUACAUGCCCCAGACAAACAGCACCAAAAACAGCAUAGUCACCAGUCCCAAGGGAAACCUCCCCUCUCCUGCACUGGAGGCACAGGCCACUGUCAUCCAUAAUGCAGUGGAUGGGAUUAAGGAGUCGUCGGACAGCAGUAACGCCACAGUGGAGGACGAGGAAAUGAAAGGAAAGGUUGUAGAUAACAGUUCAGUUCAGUCAAACCCCAGCACCCAGACUGAACUCGCCCACACACCUUUAGUCCCCUCCCCCGCAGUCUUCACUGCCACUAAGUUCACUGAUCUACUGGGUGCGGUAUGCCAGGGGCCCACAUCUGAUGCUGAGGGGGGAAACACUACCACUCCAACUGUUGUGUCUGCCCCCUCCUCUUCCCAGACCUCUAACAUUCCUACACAGAUGUCACGUUUGACUGAUCUAGUGAGCAGUGUUCGCAGAAGUUCAGCCCCACAGACAGACAGUGAACCACCAGCACCCAGCAGACGUCUUACUGCCACUGCCCCUGUAUAUGCCUCUGUUCCUCCCCCAUCCUACCCCUCCCCUUGCCCUUCCCAACCAUCCUCAAGUCUCCUGCCAUCAGCAUAUUCACGCAAACAGGAGAUCAUCAAAAUCACCGAACAGCUGAUUGAGGCCAUCAACAAUGGUGAAUUUGAAGCCUAUGCUAAAAUUUGUGACCCUGGACUCACCUGUUUUGAGCCAGAGGCCUUGGGAAACCUGGUGGAGGGCAUGGACUUCCACAGAUUUUACUUUGAGAACUUGCUGUCUAAGAACAGUAAGCCCAUCCACACCACCAUCCUCAACCCUCACGUGCACCUGAUCGGAGAGGACGCUGCCUGCAUCGCCUACAUCCGACUAACACAGUACAUUGAUGGGCAGGGCCGGCCGCACAGCAGCCAAUCAGAAGAGACAAGGGUGUGGCAUCGUCGUGACUCCAAAUGGCAGAAUGUCCAUUUCCACUGUUCGGGAGCUCCUGCCGCUCCUCUACAGUGAAGGUUGAGCUCAUUGUAGCCACAUCUAACAAGAGUGCCCAGCCUGAAAUGGAGAGUGCAGAGAGAGAGAGAGAGAAAGAGAGGGAGGGGGAGAAGUUGAAGAGAGGGAUGAAAGCGAGUCCAAUGAUGGGUGGCUGGGAGUCUGCAGUGCCUGACCCUCCCACACUGGCCCUGCUCCCUCGCCUCUCAAUCCCGUCACUUGCCAAUCACUUUUGUGCGUUGUCCUCUGUCUCACUGCCCCAUCGACUUUACCCCUCCCUCCCAAUCGCCAACCCUGUAUCUUUUACAUCUGUGCAGGGACCGUGUUGUGCACUUGUGCUGUGUGGAGUUGGACAGUCUUUGAUUAAUAAAGGCCUCGAGUCGUCCGUGAAACGCCAUGCUUUCUGUCGCACCUUCCCAGUGUGAAUAAUGAUCUUUGAACUACUGAUUCGCCGUCCUAACUUAGUGUGUAGAUUUUCGAUAUUAUUGCUAUUAUUAUGAUUAAUAUUGGUAUUCCUGUUGUUAUUAGUAUUAAUACAAGAGCAAUUGUAUGUGUCACUUCUACCAUUCAUAUUAUGGAUGUCAAUGAUUUUAAAUUUAUGUAAGGCUUUUGUUUCUGGACAUUUUCGGAGAGCAUGAUUUUUUCAGUAUAUCCAAAAGUGACCGUUUCUAUGGUGAGUUGAAGAGAUAAUAAUUGUCACCAUUUAUGUACAGCCUUCUUGACAUGUUUUAUGCUUGAAAGCUCAAGCUCACAUCCAACAAAUUUAUCUGUCCAUGUGUUAAAACGUUUCUGGACAUUCAAUCCGUGUGUUUGACUGUUUGGUGCAUAGCCUACCAGAGCCUGAUCAAGAACGUUGUUUGGGGUCUUCCAGUUUUUAGUUUCAUUACUAUUUCUUUAUAUCAUUACAGUAGUUUUGAAAAAAUUGAGCAGAUUUAGUGUUUGAUGUUAAUUCACUCUUUCCUCUUGAUUCUUGGUGAAAGCCACAAUCGUUUUUGUAAAAGUUUCAGCUCUUGUGACACUGAUUGCAAUGUUAGUAUUGGAUCUUAGUAGUGGUAGUGUUGCAAUUUUAAAGAUUUUCAACACUUUCUUUCCUUCAUUACUUCGGUUGAGCCAGUGGAGAGAUGUGUAAGUAAGGCUCUUGAGCAGUUUACCUUAAGCUUGAAUGAUUCAAUCAAUUUUAAGCCAUACCGCAACUGGAAAUGUCACCAUCAUAGGCAAACCGGUGUACCAGAUGACCUCCUCAUUAAUGUGUUUUGUAUGACUCCAACUUCUGCCUAUGGAAAAACAUCUUUAGUUGAGGACUUUAAUCUCAAGAGGUGGCUACUGUAUUUCUACUGUCUAAUUUGUGGUCAUAGUUUAGGCUUAGAGUUACUGGAGGCCAUUGAAGAUCAGUUAAGAUGUUAAGAAGCGAAACUUGGCAAAGGCCAUACCUCUUAAGGUGGUUUUUAGCUGAAAGCAUAACAUACCUUUGCUCUGAUUUCUUUUGUCUCUUAUAAAAUUACGUUUAUAUUUGUCGCGACAUUUGGUGUUGAAUAUAAAUAUUACUUGUUCUAUUUUUGAGAGUUUAUUUAUAUUUUUGUUGUCAGUGUGUGUGACACUUUGAAGGAGAGUGGAUUUUAACAUGGAAAAACAAGUGUUACCCUGGAUUAAUUUUUAAAGUGUGUUUACCCUUUGGAUGGGCAAAGUGCAAGGUGUGUGAAAAUCUUUCAAAGAAUGAUGUGAAGAGGUUCAUAAUCGAAAUAGGCAGCAAUAGUUUUAUAUUUCAGAUGAUGGCGAAAAAUAGUUGAAUGUGAAGUGUAUCUAAAGAGCUUAACACGUCACACCUCGUGCAACUUUAUGCUGGUUUCAGUCUGCUUUUGAAGUGAUGGGGCUGGUAAUCAUGGUGAACUGAACGAUCUUGUGACUAUUUUGGCUGGAAUGACCCAGGAGGCUAAUAUACUGUUUGCAUCCUCAGGUUGUAUUUAUUUGAUUUUUUUCAAUGUCUUUUGUGCUUCUUAAUUUCAUGUGCAUUACACACAUUUGUACACUCAAUAGCUUUGAGCCACAUGUCAAUAUCAGUGAUGACAGCUGACAUUUUAUUGUUGUUAUUAAUUGAAAGAAACUCAGUGGUCGAAAGCGCCUUUAACCAUUAUAAAAUGAAAGUUCUUUUAAGCAAAAUCUAAAUAUUUAUCUCAGAGAAGAAAGUGACCCCAGGUGGCACAUGGUGUUUCUGCUCUGGUAUUCUGCUUCUAAUACAGUUGCAUCUCAUUCUUGUGUUUUUUUUUUUUUUUCUAAAUUUUUUUUUUAAUUGUUUUGUCUGAGACUAAAUGUGAUCGAAGUCCCACACCUGUCCACUCCCUUAAAAAAGACAAAAUAACAACAACAAAAAAAAAGCAUGUAAAAAAUGUACUGUUUUCUGUGAUAGCAAUCAAAAUAAACAUGUUACAAGUGAAAGUGCAAAUCACUAUUAAAACAAGACACACAGUAUUGAAACUGCAGUUUACUUGCAUUUCAGCUGGAAUAUCUUUGCAUGAGUCACUUGAACACUAGGUUUUGUGUUGUUUCUCGUUUUUACUUAAUUUUUUCUAUUGAAUGCUGGUUUACCUAAACCUCUUUAAUCUGUUUGACCAGCUUUAAGUGCAUAUAAUAUUUUUGUCCCAAGAUGAUGCAGACAAUGGCAGUGUAAAUGAUGAAAACUAUAGCUAAUAAUGUUGAUGAUAUUAAGACUAUGGAAAUGGUGAUAUUUCUACAGCAUGUUUUUGUAUUAAGCUCAUUGUUGUCAAUGCAGGGUGACUGAUAUUUAUAUUAACGACUAUAAGAAUACUCAUUAGUAUGAGACUGCUUGACUUCAGAGAAGCACUCACAAUAUUAGCUAAAUAUGCAUGGGACUGCUGAUAUCUCAGAAUAUCUCUUUUAGUCUCCUAACGGCAGUGACAUCAUUCUGCUCUGUGCUUAGCAGAUGCUCAGUACUGAAUGGCCAUUAAAAUCAUGUAUUGUUUUUAACUUCUAAAACACCACAUUAAUUCCACUUGCACCAACAACCCCAUCGGUUUUAAGCACAGGACCGUUUCCGCCACUCAUAUCAUUGAUUAAAUGGAAACGGUACUGAAUAUUUUCUCUGAAGUUGAGUCUUCUCACAGUAGCCCUCUGUUAGUUUUGUUUUUCAGUAUGAGGUAAAAUAUUCUCUUUAAUUUCUGAUGAUUCUUACUCUUGCUAUUGCUCUGUUCUCAAACAUGCUCUGUGUAUUCUCUGACUUAAGCAAAUGUUAAAGUUAUAAAUAAAUGAGAUGAUUUAAAUACA